CGGAUACACUCAGUGCGCACUGAUUGACAAAUGGAAAUCGCGCGUUCCUACUCCCUAUGUCCGUAGGACAGCGCUUUACCUGGCUCUAAGGUUCCAACAUGCAUAGUGUAACAUCUCAAUAGUGCAGCUUGGCUCAAUUUACACUCAAGGUAGAUACGACAUUGGUAAAAGAAAUUUUAAGUCUCUUGUUUCGUCACUUUUGUUCUUUUGUCAUUUGGAAUAAUAUGUUUAAUUAAUCGCAUUUAACUCUCUUCUUUUCUUGGCUCACUGUGUAACGUUACUCAUAAAUUCAAGUUUAAUAGUUUUGAGGCCUUUAAGAGAAUAUCGCGAGUGUGCGGCCAGAAAGGAUAAAAAACGACUUCGGAGAGAAGCAGAACGACCGUCAACCAAACGACAUUGUUUUCCCCUAGAAACUUUUAAUAAAGAACCCGCAUUUUUUUAAAUAUUUUACCGCCUAAAAUUAUAGAGAACCCGCAAGUAAUUGUUUAAUUUGCCGAGUUUCACGGUUUUGGAACAGAACAGAACAAACGCGUCGACUGGCCAGUCCGGGAAAACGUGCGUGUGUGAAAAAGGUGUCCGUGGACACCCCUAAAUGGAAGCCUUCAUUGUCAGAAGUUCAAGCCGCGUGGUAGUAGACGUUACGAUUUCAUACGGUACAAAAGUGGCAAAACGUUUGGUGAUGCUAAAGGAAGGUCAUGUCCGAACAAUAUACCCUUUAAAUGGUGGUUAAGAGGGUUCGUUGACUGCGAUUAUUGCAUGUGCUUGUGCGACGAAGAGGGGCAUUUAUCGGAUAGAUAUAUCUUUGUGGGACCAGUCCUGGCUGAUAUAAAGAAUAAUAGCGUAGUUACUGGGGUUAGACUAAUUAAAAAGAACAGAAUAUUGCAUCUACAAAUUCAGGAAGGCAAACUAUUGCCUUACGGAUACAUCAACCAAUCCACUGUGCACUGGGUAGAUGUCGAUAAUCAUAAAUUUGAUGACGCUGAUGUGUUCACAAUGAGAUAUGGACGGAGAUCAAUGGCUUUGGACAAUAUUCAAGGUGAUGAGAACCAUAUUGUAACAGGAGUUCACUUUGAAUUUGUACACGAUAAAAUUCAUUUGAAACUUCACGUUAGCCCAUUCGAUUGGCACACAGGAAGAGUUGAUCACAACAAAGGGUAUUACCGUUAUACGAAUCAAGAAAGAAGAUCCAAAAUAAACAUCGAUAAUCUCGACAUACCAACGAAUUCCUAUAGAGAAAUUGGAAAAUGGUAUCACCAACAAAUGUAUUCCUAUGUCGAAUUUACCCAUUCGUCUUUCGAAAAAGAUGCCGCACAGAGCACCGUACCGUUUAUCGAUAUCCAGGAAGUGGCGAAUAAACCAGCAGUGCCUCUAAGCAGCGCUGGAAUCUAUCACAAGGGUCGUUCCGGUUAUGGAGGUUUCAUCGCGCCCCGAAUAUGGACUUACAAUUUCGCAAACCACCUUUCCAGCAAACUGCCGAACAUGGGCGAUCGUCACGAUGAUGCAGAUGAAGAAGACAUGGAACUGUUGAUUGUAAAACUAAAGUAAUUAAAGUCUUAUUUUUAUUGAAAUGGUAAUUUUCUUAUAUUGGAAUACUUGGAAAUUGUAUGGAAAUA